UCAUGCCAUUUAUUAACGACUGCUCUCUGACACUUUAGCCAUUUAUCGUUAAACGCUUCUACCGGGAGCAUCACACGGCAUAUCAUUUUUCUUCAACCAUUUUUACCUGUAGUAUUCUUCAUUAACGGAUUCAAUUCGUGUGUUUUACCAUACAGUUCAUUCCAACUGAUACAAGUGUAAUUAUACAAUCAAUCAGGAAAUAUUCCAUUUCAUUUUAUUGUUUAAAUUCAUUAGUGAGUGUGUAUUUUAUCAGCAAAACUGAGUUAAUUACAGCAACAAAAGUACGUUUUUAUAUAAAAAAACGCAACUUUAUCGCUUUCGUUUUUACAAUUAACAAUAAAACUAGCAAAACUGGAAGUAUCAAUCAAUCAUCCGUCAACAAAAAAUGCCGAAUCAAUUAAUGUCGGAUCAAAACAUUCCACACCUGAAGGACAUCUUUGGUUUCGGCAACAACAACAGCAACAAGUCCCAGGUGGCAGAACAUGGGAAACAGGAAGAGAAUGUAGUGGCAGUAAACUACGACAGUGCGAUAUUGAUGAUGAAAUCAAUUUCCAACGAGGGGGAGAGUAUGAAAACAACCAGCAACCACAGCAACAAAAAAACCAAUUUGCGACACCGGAACAACAGCAGAAUUCUAACAGAGAAAGACGUAAAGCAGUUAGAGCAACACCUAUCGAUGAAGAAGACUAUCCGUAAGAAAAUAAUGCGUGACUUGCAGCAAGCGUUAGUUGAGGAUCCAAACGAAUUUAGAUUGGAUGAUGAUGUACCUCUAGAACAGCUCAAAGCUCAAAUAAAUAUUCAAAGUUUUAGCUUUGGUGUUCAAUUAGAAAAACACGGACGUUCUCAAAGAGACACCGACAAUACUUUUCUGGGGAUGCUUCGUAAUAAUGCAAGAGUUGACAAUCAUUUUUCUCAUGAUGAGGAUGAUGAUGAUUGUGACUCUGACCAUAGUAAAUCCAAAAAAAGAGAUCAGCUGCUGGACACGAUCGUUAUGCGUCAUUGCAAUACACCUUCUUCAAGAGAAAAUAAUGUUAAAUUUUGGCGGCGCUUUACAUCAGUCAACAAUUCCGACAAACGAUAAACAUUACCGCUGUCAUAUUUUAUUUUUAUUGCUCAAAAUUAAUUAAUUAAUUGUCGACUUAUUAUGGUUCUGUAACAAUUAAACCGAAGACAGUUUAACUGCGACAGUUCAACCUAGCGACAUUUCAACUGAAAAUAACCUGGACCCCCUUAUUUAAGUGCUCUCUUAUCAGGGAUUUUUUGUUGGUUGAAAUGUCGCUAUGUUGAACUGUCGUUCGGUUGAAGUGUCCGCGGUUGAAAUGUCGUACGGUUGAAGUGUCGCCGGUUGAACUGUUUUCGGUUCAAUAGUCGCGGCAUCACUUAUUAUAUAGACUUGUACGAUAAAUUUUGUUAAGGAAAAUUUAUAACUGUGAUAUCCGUAUACUUAAGAUUGUACACCACCUACGCACGUACGCGCAUAUCGCGUUUUAUUCCAAAAGGACUUGCAUUUUUAUAUGCCCUUUUGGUUCUAGGAAGCUCUCUAAAUCCAAAAUCCUGAUUAAAAACUCCGAUUGUCCGAUUCGCAAAUUCAUAUCGGUUUUAAUUACAAAUUUCCGAUUGACUUUCAAUCAGUUUUAAUCGGAUAUAAUCGAAUAGUUUCAAAUAGAUCUGAUUGAAUUGGAUACUUAAAAAGCUUCCGAGAAAUUUUGAUCAAAUGUUUGUUUCUGAUUGAAUCUGGUUGAGUUUCGAUCAGAUUUAAUUAGAUUUAAUCAGAGUUUUUAAUCAUGUAAAGGCUUAUAAAACGCUACACAGUAAAACAUUGAUCGUCAAAAUGUAAAAAAAAUGCGUGUGUUAAAAUUCAGUGUUGAAUUUUCAACACUUUUGUGUGUCAAUUUAACACACAGUAAUUAUCUUGUUUGAACUGCCUCAAUCUAAUGAUUUUUUAACUCAUAAAAAUGACAUUUUAUACGAAAGUAACACUUUUUAUAUGUUAUGGUCAAAUCAACACACAAAAUAUCUGAAAAUAAUCUCGACCAUUACAAAAGAAUUUUCGGAAAAUUCGUUACUUUUAACAUAUACGCGUGUAACUUUUCCAACACUUGCGACAUGUUAAAAUAACAUAUGAGUAAGUGUAAAACGUUCGUUUUACACACGAUAUGUGUUAAUUUUGACGAAUCCUUUCUUACUGUGUAUAUAUAUGCAUAUGAUAUAUAUAAAAUUUUAGUGUAUUUACUAAAAUUUUAUUACAAUAUUAAUUCUAUUUAUUGACAAUUACCACGCUAAUUAAUUAAAAUCAUAUUAUUAAAAUUACAUUAAGAACUUUAAUAUCAAUAGUCAUAAAAAUAUACCUAAAUCGAUUGAUUGAUACGUUUAUUUUAACUAAAAAUAUAAAAAGUUGAUAAAAAUUCUUAAUCUAUCCAACAAUGUUUGUAUAAAAAAUUUAUAUUUUAUAAUAAUUAUAAAAUUUUAAUUGUUUGUAAAUUUCGGCGGACGUUUUUCUACAAAUGCUGCCAUGCCUUCUUUUUGAUCAUUCUAAAAAAAAAAGUUAUUACUUUAAUAUCACAUUAAUAACAUAAAUUUUAUUAUUACUCUGUGAAGGUUAAAAUUAAUAAAAUAUUACCAAUGCAAAAGUUGACUGAAACAUUCUUCUUUCAAAAUGCAAUCCUUCUUGCAGUGAUAAUUCAUACGAUUUAUUAACACAUUCUUUAGCAAUAGCUACCGCUAAUUGUGAAUGGGCGGCUAUUUUUUCACCGAGUUUAACUGCUUCCGAAAUUAACUGGUCCGCUGGAAAAACUUUGCUAACUAGACCUGAAAAUAAAAAAAAAACAAUAAUAACAACAUCAGUAAUAAUUUAAUAAUUUGCUAAUUAGAAUGUCGAUAUAUGUCAAAAUAAAUACAAAUAAAUAUAAUUACCAAACUUUUCAGCUUCAUGAGCUGUUAUUUGAUUACCAGUAAGAACCAUUUCCAUAGCUCUACUUUUUCCAAUAGCUUUUGUAAGUCUCUGGGUACCACCAGCUCCCGGGAUCGUGCCAAUCAUAACUUCUGGCUGACCAAAUUUAGCCUUAUCACCAGCAUAAAUUAUAUCACACGUCAUUGCAAUUUCACAGCCACCUCCUAA